AUGGGGGUGUUUAAGAAACGCCAGAAAUCCUCGCCUCCGGCCGACCAGGUUUCGGAGGACAGCAGAGAUGGCUACAAGCCGGGAGCUGCGCUCGAGGAAAAGAUCACUUUGCUGGCCUGUGUGCUUGGUGCAGUCGCCAGUCUUGGCGGAUUCAUGUUCGGAUAUGUCAGCGGCCAAAUCUCUGGCUUCUUCCUCAUGAACGACUACGCCAGCCGGUUCGGUGAACUUCAAGCCGAUGGCAGGUACACCUUCAGUGCCGCACGCCAAGGCACCAUCGUCGGCAUGAUGAGCAUCGGCGCUCUCUUCGGUGCCCUCAUUGCCGGAAAGAUGGCCGAUCUGAUUGGCCGUCGCCUCUCGAUAUCGGCCUCAGCCUUCUUCACCUGCGUCGGCACCGCCAUCGAGAUAUCCUCGUCGACGCAUUGGAUCCAAUUUGCCCUCGGCCGUCUCGUGACCGGCCUGAGCAUCGGUUCUUUGUCGGUUGUCGUGCCCAUGUAUCAGUCCGAGAGCACGCCGGCCGUGAUCCGCGGCGUCGUCGUCUCGUCGUACCAGCUCCUCAUCACCCUCGGCAUCUGGACGGCCGAGAUGGUCAACUGGGGAACCCAGAUGAAGGACUCCAGCGCCGCCUGGAGAAUCCCCAACGGCCUGACUUUUGCCUGGGCCUUGGCUCUGGGAAGCGGCAUCCUGUUGCUUCCGGAGAGCCCGCGGUAUGCCUACAGCCGCGGCAAGAUCGAGGAGGCUCGACAAACCAUUGCUGCCUUGUCCGGCCUCGCUCCUGAUUCGGACGGCGUCAACCACCAGAUCGCCGACAUCCAGAACAAGAUGGAUGAGGAGAGCGAGAGCACGGCCGACUUCCGUUGGAUCGAAAUCUUCACCGGCCCGCGCAUGUUGCACCGCACCAUCUUGGGCAUCACCCUGCAGGCCGGCCAGCAGCUGACGGGCGCCAACUUCUUCUUUUACUUUGGCACAACCGUGUUUGCGGCUACGGGGAUCAGCGAUAGCUAUGUGACCCAGAUCAUCCUCGGAUCCGUCAACGUCUUCUGCACCAUUAUCGGCUUGUGGAUCAUCAAGCGUUUCGGACGUCGCGUCACCCUCAUGGCUGGUGCCGCGUGGAUGAUGGUCUGUUUCCUAGUCUACGCCUUUGUCGGCCAAUUCGCCCUGGACCACAAUGAUCCCCUCCUCACGCCCAAGGCAGGAUCGGCACUUGUUGCCUUUUCUUGCCUCGCCAUUGCCGCCUUUGCCGUCAGCUGGGGACCGCUUGUGUGGACGGUCAACUCGGAGCUGUAUCCUAUUCGAUACAGAAGCGCCUGCAUGGGCCUUGCGACGGCCUCGAACUGGUUCUGGAAUUUCAUGAUCUCCUUCUUUACGCGCUUCAUCACCGACAAGAUCGACUACCUGUACGGCCUCAUCUUUGCCGGUUGCUGCGCCGCUCUCGUCGUCAUCGUUUUCUUUUUCGUCAUCGAGUCAAAGGACCGCACCCUCGAGGAGAUUGAUACCAUGUACGUUCGUCGUGUCAAUGCCAUCAAGUCUAGCGACUGGGACACGAGCGUCUUUCAGCAGGAAGUACGAACCGGCGCAGGAAGCGACGACGAGGAGCAAAAAGGUGCGUCGUGUGACGGAGCAAGUUCCGAGUCCCGUUAA